CCUCGGGGGGCGGGGACGGGGCGUGCCGCCGGCGCCCGGCUCCCGGAAGCGGGUGUUUCCCGGCUCCAGCCGAGCUGCCCCGCGCGGUGGCCGCAGCCCAGGCAUCCUCGGCCGCGCCUCCGGGAGCAGCGGGAAGCCGCCGGAGAUGCUGCCGGUGUACGCGGAGGUGAAGCCCAACCCGCUGCGGGGCGCCAACCUCUGCUCGCGCGUGUUCUUCUGGUGGUUGAACCCCUUGUUUAAAAUUGGUCACAAGCGGAGGCUGGAAGAAGAUGACAUGUACUCAGUGCUCCCGGAAGAUCGCUCCAAGCGCCUCGGGGAGGAGUUACAGGGGUAUUGGGAUAAGGAAGUAUUGAAAGCUGAGAAAGAAGCCCAGAAGCCAUCGUUAACGAAGGCCAUCAUCAAGUGUUACUGGAAGUCCUACCUGGUUUUGGGGAUCUUUACGUUAAUCGAGGAAGGCACCAAAGUAAUUCAGCCUGUCUUCUUGGGGAAAAUCAUCAGUUACUUUGAGAACUAUGACCCCGCGGACUCCACAGCUCUGCAUGAGGCCUACGUGUACGCCACGGUGCUCACGGCCUGCACGCUGCUCCUGGCCAUCCUGCAUCAUCUCUACUUCUACCACGUCCAGUGCGCUGGCAUGCGGCUCAGGGUCGCCAUGUGCCACAUGAUUUACCGAAAGGCACUCCGCCUGAGUAACAUGGCCAUGGGAAAGACCACCACCGGCCAGAUAGUCAACCUGCUGUCUAACGACGUGAACAAGUUUGAUCAGGUGACCAUCUUCCUGCACUUCCUGUGGGCGGGGCCUCUGCAGGCCAUCGCGGUGACAGCCUUGCUGUGGAUGGAGAUAGGCAUCUCCUGCCUGGCAGGCAUGGCGGUGCUCCUCAUCCUGCUGCCCCUGCAGAGCUGCAUCGGGAAGCUGUUUUCAUCGCUCCGGAGUAAGACGGCGUUUUUCACGGACGUGAGGAUCCGGACCAUGAACGAGGUCAUCACUGGCAUUCGCAUCAUCAAGAUGUACGCUUGGGAGAAAUCCUUUGCCGAUCUCAUCAUGAACUACAGAAAGAAGGAGAUCUCCAAGGUGCUGAGAAGUUCCUACCUGAGGGGGAUGAACUUGGCAUCGUUUUUUGUGGCCAGCAAGAUCAUCGUGUUCGUGACCUUCACGACCUAUGUGCUCCUGGGCAACGUGAUCACGGCCAGCCGCGUGUUUGUGGCCGUGACACUGUAUGGGGCGGUGCGGCUGACCGUCACCCUCUUCUUCCCCGCUGCCAUUGAAAGGGUGUCAGAGGCCAUAGUCAGCAUCCGGAGAAUCAAGAACUUUCUGUUACUUGACGAGAUACCGCGGCGCCCCCCGCAGCUGCCUUCCGAUGGUAAAACGCUAGUGCAUGUGCAAGAUUGUACUGCUUUUUGGGAUAAGGCAUCGGAGACUCCCACCCUGCAUGGCCUUUCCUUCACCGUCAGGCCCGGUGAGCUGUUAGCUGUGGUCGGACCCGUGGGAGCAGGCAAGUCCUCGCUGCUGAGUGCCAUGCUGGGGGAGCUGCCCCCGAGCCAGGGGCUGGUCAGCGUUCACGGGAGCGUGGCCUACGUCUCCCAGCAGCCCUGGGUCUUCUCGGGAACCGUGCGCAGCAACAUCUUAUUCGGGAAGAAGUACGAGAAGGAGCGCUAUGACAGAGUGAUAAAGGCCUGUGCUUUGCAAAAGGACCUGCAGCUCUUGGAGGACGGAGACCUGACUGUGAUUGGGGACCGGGGCACCACGCUGAGUGGGGGACAGAAGGCCCGGGUCAACCUCGCCAGAGCAGUGUACCAGGAUGCUGACAUCUACUUGCUGGAUGACCCCUUGAGUGCAGUGGACGCAGAAGUCAGCAGGCACCUGUUUGAACUGUGCAUUUGUCAGACUUUGCACGAGAAGAUCACCAUCUUAGUGACUCACCAGCUGCAGUACCUAAAAGCUGCCAGUCAGAUCCUGAUACUGAAAGAUGGCAGAAUGGUCGAAAAGGGGACUUACACUGAGUUUCUGAAAUCUGGAGUCGACUUUGGUUCCCUUUUAAAGAAGGAAAAUGAGGAGGCUGACCAUCACUCUCCAGUCCCGGGAUCUCCCACACUGAGGAAACGAACCUUCUCAGAGUCUUCAGUUUGGUCUCAGCAGUCAUCCAGACCCUCACUGAAAGAUGGCGCCCAAGGGGGUCAAGAAACUGAGAACGCGCAGGUGGCAGUCCCAGAGGAGAGUCGUACAGAAGGGAAGGUCGGCUUCAAAGCCUACAAGAACUACCUGGCUGCCGGCGCCCACUGGGUUGUCAUCGUCCUUCUUGUCCUCUUAGACACCGCCGCACAGGUUACCUAUGUUCUUCAAGACUGGUGGCUUUCUUACUGGGCAAAUGAACAGAGUGCUCUGAAUAUCACGGUAAAUGGAAAUGGAAAUGUAACUGAGAAGCUGGAUCUUAACUGGUUCUUGGGCAUUUAUUCAGGUCUAACUGUAGCUACUGUCCUGUUUGGCAUAGCGAGAUCGCUGCUGGUCUUCUAUGUUCUUGUUAAGUCUUCACAGACUCUGCACAACAGAAUGUUCGAGUCCAUCCUGAAGGCUCCAGUAUUGUUCUUUGAUAGAAAUCCCAUUGGGAGAAUUUUAAAUCGUUUCUCCAAAGACAUUGGGCAUAUGGAUGACUUGCUGCCCUUGACCUUUCUUGAUUUCAUCCAGACGUUCCUGCUGGUGGUUGGUGUGGUGGGCGUGGCAGUGGCUGUGAUCCCAUGGAUUGCCAUCCCCCUGGUUCCCCUGGGCAUCAUUUUCAUUAUUCUUCGCCGAUAUUUCCUAGAAACAUCCAGAGAUGUCAAACGCCUGGAGUCCACAACUCGGAGCCCGGUGUUCUCCCAUUUGUCAUCAUCUCUCCAGGGUCUCUGGGUCAUUCGGGCCUUCAAAGCUGAAGAGAGGUUUCAGGAGCUAUUUGAUGCCCACCAGGAUUUGCAUUCAGAGGCUUGGUUCCUGUUUCUGACCACGUCCCGGUGGUUCGCUGUGCGUCUGGAUGCCAUCUGUGCCAUCUUUGUCAUCAUCGUCGCCUUCGGUUCCCUCGUUCUGGCCCAAACCUUGGACGCUGGGCAGGUCGGCCUGGCCCUGUCCUACUCCCUCACACUUAUGGGCAUGUUCCAGUGGUGCGUCAGGCAGAGCGCCGAGGUGGAGAAUAUGAUGAUCUCUGUAGAGAGGGUGAUCGAAUACACAGACCUGGAGAAAGAAGCGCCUUGGGAAUACCAAAGACGCCCUCCACCCUCCUGGCCCCACGAGGGCGUGAUUGUCUUCGACAAUGUCAAUUUCUCGUACAGUCUAGAUGGGCCCUUGGUACUGAAGCACCUGACGGCCCUCAUCAAAUCCAGGGAGAAGGUCGGUAUUGUGGGAAGGACAGGAGCUGGAAAAAGUUCUCUCAUCUCAGCCCUUUUUAGAUUGUCAGAACCCGAAGGUAAAAUUUGGAUCGAUAAGAUCUUGACAACCGAAAUUGGACUUCACGAUUUAAGGAAGAACAUGUCAAUCAUACCUCAGGAACCUGUUUUAUUCACUGGAACCAUGAGGAAAAAUCUGGAUCCCUUUAAUGAGCAUACGGAUGAAGAGCUGUGGAAUGCCUUAGAAGAGGUGCAACUUAAAGAAACCAUUGAAGACCUUCCUGGUAAAAUGGACACGGAACUAGCGGAAUCAGGCUCAAACUUCAGUGUGGGACAGAGACAACUGGUAUGCCUCGCCAGGGCUAUCCUCCGGAAAAAUCGGAUAUUGAUUAUUGACGAAGCAACAGCAAAUGUGGAUCCCAGAACUGACGAGUUAAUACAACAGAAGAUCCGUGAGAAAUUUGCCCAGUGCACUGUGCUGACCAUCGCACACAGAUUAAACACCGUCAUCGACAGCGACAAAAUCAUGGUUUUGGAUUCGGGAAGACUGAAGGAAUAUGAUGAGCCGUAUAUUUUGCUGCAAAAUAAAGAGAGCCUCUUUUACAAGAUGGUGCAACAGCUGGGCAAGGCUGAGGCCGCUGCCCUCAUCGAAACAGCAAAACAGGUGUACUUCAAAAGGAAUUAUCCGGAUAUCACUCAUAAUGGUCACAUGGUUACGAACACUUCCAAUGGACAGCCCUCGGUCUUAACAAUUUUUGAGACAGCGCUGUAAUUCUGCCACAACAUCAAGUCUUUUCCAAAGGCAUUUAUUUCCCCAUCAUUUUCACACCUUCUACACAGCACCGUACCAUUUGCCACUCCUGCAAUCAAUGCCGACACGUACGAAACUCUCUAUUCAUUGGGGUUUUUCCCUCCAGCUUCACCCAGUGAUUUUAAGCUCUGAAAAAAAAUGAUUUGUUUAAUUUAUAUAUUAUAGUGUUGUUGUUUUUUUUUUCUUAUCCAAAUCAGAGGUGCAGGCCACCAAUAAAACCUACCAGGUUUUGUGCCUUAAGAGACUCCGGAACUGAUUGUUCAUUGUGUAAGGUAUAAAACAAGUUGCCGUAGUUUUAUUUCAUUUUUUGUUUAACAUCCCCCAGAACUGAAUAUUAUGCUCCAGUCAUAUCAGGGAUUCUUUUUACUUGAAGACCGUGUGAAGUUGCCAUUUUUGUCUUAAACCACUCUCUUUAACCUAACUAGAUUUUCCUCUCCUCUCUCCCCUCCCUACCCAAAGGCCUGGGGUUAACAGAACACUUUCUCAAUGUAAGUAAGAGCCUUGGUAGGCUACAAUAUAAUGAUUGUGCUAUCUUCAAUCGGUUUUGAUGGACAUGCCUGACUUUGUAUGGUAAAUGGUACCUUCAGCCUCAGCAUGGUGUUAUUUUCAAACAAAUAAAUAAAAGACCAGGCCACACACUGUUCUCCCUGAAAUAGGUAGCAACAUUCUUACUUGGAUUUCAGGUUUACUGACAGUUCACUGUUUGUUGGCCAUAAGCUUUCUGGUUCAGUCUUUAAUGGAAUCCUUUCUCAGUUGAAUGCAUAGGCUCUUCCAGUGUUGAGAAAAACAGAAGAUCAUUGCAAGCAUGUAAUUAUGUAAUAUGUUCUCAGGAUGCUUCCAGAAGGUUCACUCCUGUGAGCCUGCAUGUGCUAGUUUACCUUGGUCCACUAGUAAUACUUUAUUUGAAUGAUGGGGCAUUUUUUUGGUGGUAGUGAUGGCUGCUAAAGUGUAAGUUGAAGCUAGAAAAGAUUUUGCUGUCGUGGUUUUCAGUGGGUUCUCAGGAUCUUGUAGAAUAAGGUGUCACCAACCUCAAAUGGCAGGUUUUAUGCCUUUAUACAAGUAGGUUUUAGGACUCUUCAAUGGAGAGAAACAGAUGUUUUAUAGAAUCAAGCCUUAAAGACACACACACACACCACACACUACUACCACAAUACAUUGAGUGCAGUCAUUCUCUGGCUCUUUGUAUUUAAAAAUGAUAGUUGUUGUUAUUAUUAUUAUUAUUUCACCAAAUCAGUAAGUUUUUUUUUUUAAACAGAAUGGUUAAUAUAUCAGAAGCCUACAAUGGCAAUGAUAAUGAGGUUUGUGGAAAUAUUGGAAAUCUGUGUUUAUUUGGUCUUUAGAGGUUACAGUCAAUUGAAUAAUUGUUUCUAUUGUUUUGUCUUAAGGUAAUUUUUUUUUUUAUGGAAACAAAAUUCUACAGAAAUAAAUGCCAGUUUUCAUCUCUA